AUGUUGACAAUAUUAUUUUUAUUUUCUAUUUUCCAUAUAUCAUUAUCGGAUAAAUGGUAUUCAAAAUCUCAAUGUACACAAAAAGAAUUUGCUAAUCAUAUGGAUAUAAAUUGUAAUUCAAAUGAAUUUAUUCUUAUUGGUUGGUCACAUUAUGGUACAAAAAAAUUAGUUGAUAGAAUUAAUUCAUCAUCAUCAGUUUGUGAACCAUCAGAAAAAGAUUGUAUUAUGGAUUAUACACAUAAAAUAGCUGAACUUUGUAAUGGUGUAUCGAAAUGUGAAGUUAUAUUAACUCAACAAUUUAUUCAUAAAUGUUCAGAUGAAGCAACAUAUUUAUUUAUUUCUUAUCAAUGUAUUCAAAAUUCAACAAUUAUUGAUAUAUGUUCAGAACGUAGUAUAACAUCAUUAAAUGGUGUGAAUUUAAUUAGUCCAAUGUUUCCAAAUGAAUAUCCAAAUAAUAUUAAUUGUACUUGUUCAAUUGAAUCAAAGAAAAAAUCAAAUGUUAUUAUUGAUGUUGAAAGUCUUUCAUUUAAUUUACAAGAUAAUGAUAAUUUAUUAUCUUUCUCAGGAACAAUUCCAUUUGGUGCAUCAUUAUUAACAGUAAAAAAUCAAUUUAAUUUAAAAUUUCAAACAGAUGAAACAUUAAGUCAAUCGGGAUUUUGGAUUCGUUUAUAUGGUUAUGAACAAUGUUACAAUGAUGAAUAUAUUCUUGGUUCAAAAUGUAUAAAAAUUUUUUCAAAAAAACAAACAUGGAAAUUAGCUAAAGAAAAAUGUUUAUCGAUUGAUUCAAAUUUAAUUCGUUUACAUGAUAUUAUUCAAGAAAAAAAAUUAGCAUAUUUUAUUUUAACAAAUAAUGAACAACAACAAUUAACAUCAUUUUGGAUAUCAAAUGAAAAAGAUAAUUAUGAUAUACAUUCAUGGUGGCCAUGGCGAUCAUCAUCUACUACAGGCAAAUGUGUAUUACGUACUCAAGAUGGUUGGAUAAAACGACCAUGUAAUGAAGAACAAGCAUUUAUAUGCGAACGAGAUAUGAAUCGACAGUCAACACCUUUGACGGUUCAUUGUGGAAAUGCUCAAUCAACAACGAUUUUAUCUACGAAAAGAACAACUACAACUGUAAUAACAACAACGACAACGACAACGACAAUGAUACCUAGUACACAACGUACAACUAUUUCGUUUAUUCAUCAAGAAAAUAUUUCAUUGAAAAAUAUUGAAGAAAAUUUUGUUCUACAACAAUCAUCAUCUACAAUUAAUAAUAAAGUACAAAAAAUUCCAACAAAUUUUAUCGAUUCAAAUAUUCUUGCAGCGAUAUUAACUGGAAUAGCUAUUGUUAUAUUUUCCGUUAAUAUUGUUGUUUGUUGUGUGUGUAAAAAACGUGUACAAGAUCAAUCAAAAUGUAAAACACAAAAUGAUUCAAAUACUUCAUUUAUUCAUGAAGAAUUACAACAUAGUUUAAUGCAACAUUUAUAUCAUGAACAAACAAAUACAAUUUCUUCAACAUCAACAUCAUCAUGUUCUUCUAAACAUUCACAAUCAAAAUCAAAUGAUACAUCAACAACAAUAUCAAUAAAUCCUUUUCAAUUAUGUUCAUCUAUGUAUCCUUCAAAUUCAUCUCAAUCAAAUAAUAUUUCAACAACAUUAUGUUAUCGAAAUCCACAUGUUGGUAGUGAUGUAGUUGAUUAUCAUGUUUAUGAAACAAUACCAUCUGAAAAUCCUAUUUAUACUUUUUGUACUAGUCAUAGUGCUUUUAAACCAGUCGUUCAAUCGAAUACACAUACUAUAAGACCAUUUCUUCCACGAACAAAUAUUCUUCAUCAUCAUCCAUGUUCUUUACAACAAUCUUAUGAUACAAUGUCAUCAAUUCCAUCUAAUGCGACUGUUGUAAUGCCUGUAUGUUGUCAUCAUUAUUCAUCACAAUGUUCAACAGGAACUUUAAGACAACACGUAUUACCAUCAUCAACACAGAUUGCAACAGAAGAACAGAUUUAUACUCGUUCGGAGAGUAUUGUAUAA